AUGGCUGAAGAUUAUUAUUCACAAGGAAAGUCGGGUAAUUUUGACCUUAACAGCGUUCAAUAUCAGUGUGGUUCGUCGUCGUCAAUGAAAAGUGCACCUCAUCUACCUCCUGAAACUCUUUACGAAAUAUUUAAUUAUGUCAGCGAUCGUGAUGCGAGAAAACUGCAUUCGUGUCUUCUUGUCAAUAGGCUCUGGUGUUUCAGCGCGGCCCAGAUAAUGUGGAAGGGACCGUUUGAGAUAGCCUCAGUGAUGAAUUCCGCCAAAUUGAUAGCAACAUAUUUCCUAUUCUUCUCUGAAAAAACCAGAGACCGUCUUAGGAAUUCACAUAACGUCGAUGUAUUACCAGCCUCACCGUAUCGACAACCUUUCAUAAAUUACGUGUUGUUCUUAAGGCACAUCGACUUUCGAAAGAUUUAUCGAGCGGUGCGCAUUUGGAUCCGGUCCAAGUCAUUGGACGAACCUUUUGAUCUGGCGGUGAAGAACAGACAAACUGAACAAGCGAAUUGUAUCAUAGAAGAACUUGGGAAACUCUUCACCAACGGAUCUGCCCGAAUUGACACCCUGUCACUUGAUGUCAGACGUUUUGAACACGAUGUGGAUAACGACAGAAUCGAGUUCAUGUCUUGGCCCUGUUAUUCUGAACAAUACAAUUCCUUACGUGAACUUCGGGAGUUCGUAUGUGGCGGAAAAUUUUCAAAGGAUAAAAUAAUACUUAAAUUGACGGGACUUUGCAAAGAACUCGAGUCGGUUGCCCUUGAGGAUUCAGCUGAAACUGCACCAAAAUUCUUGGCUGAUUUUAUUGGGAAUCAAAGAAGGCUACGAAAACUUACAUUAGCAAAUUGGAAAAGUGAUCUGAGCCUUUUAUAUAUUUCUACGCUCGCAAAAACUCUUCGACAUAUUGAAUUCAUUAAAUGUGAAUUUCCCAAAUCCGAUGGUAGCGAAUGUUGCUUUGACAGAUUGGCUCAAUGUUGCAAUUUGGAGAUUUUGAGGUUUGAACAAUGCAAGAAUCUAGGCGCCAAGAUAACGAGACCUUUGACGCAAGUUGAAUUCAAGUAUCUACACACAUUGUGCAUCGACAACGACCCAGGUCCAGAUCCGCCAACCAAUGAGAUUCAAUCCCUAAUAGUGAAUUCCAAAGGCUCUCUCAAGGAGAUUACUCUUAACGUCAAACUGUCGUUGUACUCUGAUAUACUUGACACCAUAUCGGCUCAUUGUCCAAAACUUUUAAAAUUAAGUAUUGUCAUAGAGAAUGACUUCGAGAUGCGACAGCUUAUCACCUUGUUUCGUCAUUGUAACCAACUGUUGGAAUUGAUAAUCCCAAGAAAAUGGACUUUGAUAGAAAUGAAGAAACCACUGAUAGAGUUGGGAGCCGUAAUACCGCCAACCUUAAAAAGAUUAGAAUUAUGCGGGAUUAGAUUCGAGCACGCCACGUGGUCGGAAUUUUUGAAACUUUGUCCCGGAUCUAUAAACUCCUUUGUGUUCAAUUGCUUUAGACAGAAAUCGUAUAUAACGUCUGUGGCGAGAUACGCAAAGAAGCAUGGCAAGAGUGUGAAGUCUGAAAGCAGCGUGGAAAUGUCUUGGCUGCCGGAACUUGUUUCUAUGGAGCUGGGAUGA